GCAAGUCUUACUUUGAUAAAUUCGAAAAUCAAGAUCACUGGUUUCUAAAUCUAUAUUCAUCCAUCAGAUACAAAGCGUACUUAGGUACCUUUCAGCCACUGAUUAUGGUCCAUCAUCUGACUGAUUUUCAUCUUUCUCUUCCUCAUUGUGACGCAGGGACACCUAAAGGAAAAAUCGAUUGGAUCGAUCUUUCUGCCGUGUAGGCUAGACUUUCGGACAAAAUGGUGAAGAAAACCUUCGGAAAGAUCGAGCAGAACUCGCUCCGCUCAAAGAUCCACCAGUAUGAGAUCGUUGGCCGCGCUGCCCCGACUCAGAAGAACCCGGUCCCGAAGAUCUUCAAGAUGAAACUCUUCGCCAAGAACCAGGUCUUGGCCCGCUCCAAGUUCUGGUACUCUCAUAUCUUUAGAAUUGAUGUUGAAAAUUUUAAUCUCUAAUUUUCGUUUCUCCAAACCAUCUAUUCGGGUCUAUUACCUAAGGAACACAACGCCUUGUAGUUGAGUGUCGUCUGACCCAAAUUUUUUGUUGAAGGCUACGCGAUAUGCAGAAAGAGGUUGAUUUAGAUUCCACCCUAGAAGCUGACAAUGAGACUAUUAAUAUCUCGUUGUGCAACUCCAUCUACCUACUCUUCUAAAUUUUUAUUCAGGUACUUUAUGAAGAAGAUCAACAAGGCCAAACGCUCUGGUGGCCAGAUCCUGCGUCAGACUGAACUCUUCGAUCAGUCCCCGACUACCGUUACCAACUACGGCGUGUGGUUGCGCUAUCAGUCCCGUACUGAUACGCACAACAUGUACAAGGAGUACCGGGACACCACGGUAUUCAUCGCUGUUUAGCUUAAAAUUGAAACUCGAAAAUUAUAUGCUAUUGCUUCUAAACCUUGCGCUUGAAUCAUGGGCAGCAUCAUAAUGAUGACAAACCGUAGGUCAGAAUCCGACGACAGGAUGGGGACCACACAAAACUUGAAGAUUAAUAAUUGCCUGAUAAGACUGUCCAGGAGCAAGCACGAUCUGUAUCUAUUGUCUCUGGCAUUUCCCAAGAUGAGGAGCUACCUUUUAUCCCCACGAUGACAUAUUUUACAGCAUUUGAUUACUGAGCCGAAACCUUCGAGUUGAUGACGCCCACCCUUAACCCCCACCAUCUCAAAAACUACAGAUCAACGGUGCCAUCGGUCAGAUGAUCUGCGAGAUGGCCGGCCGCCACCGUGCUCAGGCUAGCUCCAUCCAGAUCUUGAAGACCGCUAUCGUCUCCAAGGAGCAGAUCCGCCGCUCGCAUGUGCUUCAGAUGUUGCCGCAGAACCUCAAGUACCCGAACGUUCGCCGCAUGCCACUCAUCCCGAAGACGCAGCGCAAGAUCUUCCGCGCCACGCGCCCGACUACCUACGCUCAGUAAGCAUCUUUUUUUACUUCUCAUCAAGGGUUUUUGUAGAAGACAUAGUAUGCUGCGUUCGAACGAAGAAUAACGAGUCUGGGAGCGAUUUCGGUGGAAGACGAAGCCUGCGGGUUCGAUGGUGGCAGAUCGAGACGUGACGAUUGAUUAGAAGACGAGCAGAUUAACUGUUCUAUGCUUGUGGUGAUGUUGGCGACGGAAAAUGCUCUGCGAAGAAUUCUUAGUCAACACAGAAGUGUCGUCGUCAAUUACGUCUUCUGUGAAACAACACAAUAUGACGAGACUGAUCAGACCGAAGCCGUGCGGAGCCAAAAGUCAAUGUUCUACAAAAAAAAGGCGAUCGCGUGCCUAUGUUGUCCUCCUCGCAGGCGUAUUUUCUGAAAAAAUAGUGUUUUACGGAUGCAGGAAACAGCGGUAACACAAGUAUGGUCCAUGACGAGUCAGAGUGUCUCAUUCUCCG